GUUAUGGAGUAUCUUUAUUGUUUAAUUUGUUUAUAAUAGUAUGGUUAUUCGUUAUCAAAGUUUAGAAUUCCUGAUAAGAAACGUAAUAAAUAAAUAUGGAAGAAAUAUUUUGUGGGAUGUGUCUAAAUACUGCAAGGGUUUCAAAUUGCCGGGUGAUAGAAGAAGUCAUAAGGGAUGUUCUAAAAAUUGUUUUGCCGCAUGUGAAUUUGGAGGAGAAAGUUACACAUUUCAUAUGUAUAAAAUGUUCUGUAAAAUUAUUUGCUGCUCUUAAUUUUAAGUCUAUAUGUAUGGAUACCGAAGACAUAAUAUUUCCUCACAUUAACGCCAGUAAAAUGUCAGUGAUUGAUUUAAAGGAAGUUUAUCUAAAAGAGAAGGGAAAUAUUCAGUUAAUGGAUGCAUCGGAAGAUUGGAGAAUCUGUCGAUUAUGUUUUCAGCCGGUAACAUACGGAUUUGUGGCAUUAAAUGAAGUGGAUGUUGACAUAAUCGAUACAUAUAUACCACAGGUUAAUAUCAGUGCUACCAGGGAUCCUAUUAUAUGCACAACAUGCUUUGAUUCGCUUCGUACCCAUGGCAGUUUUUUAAAGAACUGCCUUGAUGUACAUGAGAAAUAUGCAAACGUUGAUAAACAGUCUUACAUUAAAACUGAAGAAAUUGAAAUAAAACUGGAAGAUCAUCAGGACAGGUUCCUGUGGUCGUUACCGGCCUGUGAUAAGUUGCACAACAACGAGUCUGUACUGAAAGCCAAGGCGAUAGAGGCGUUUCACGGGGGCAACUUCAAGGAACUGUACAAAUUACUAGAAGGUCACACAUUCAGUCCCCACAACCACGCCAAGCUCCAGGCGCUCUGGCUGAAAGCUCACUAUAUAGAGGCAGAAAGAUUGAGGGGAAGGCCCUUGGGCGCGGUGGACAAGUACCGCGUCCGACGAAAAUUCCCCCUCCCUCGCACCAUCUGGGACGGCGAGGAGACGAACUACUGCUUCAAGGAGAAGUCCAGGAGCGUGCUGAGGGACUGUUACAAGCACAACCCCUAUCCCAGCCCGAGGAAGAAGGGGGAGCUGGUCGAAGCCACGGGACUCACCACGAGGCAGGUCUCCAACUGGUUCAAGAACAGGAGGCAGCGGGAGCACAAAGACACUUAGGUGAUGAUCGGAAUAGAUUGAAAUGUCUUUUUGAAACUACUUUUUUGGUAAAACUUUCAGUAGUAUGUAGUAGUAAUAAAAAUAGUAAUAGAAGGGAGUUCUCUUUUAGUGGUUUUUCUAUCCUGGACUCGACUUGGAGUAGGUAGAUCAGAGCGGGUCACUUAAAUAGUAGGCAUCUAUUAAUUUUAACCUCAACAUGUACUCGA